GGAAAGUCGAACAUGACGACGGAAGAAGAAAAGAAAAGCGUUAACACAGAAGAACAGGAAGAUGAUGAGGAGGAGGACCUUCCUAUUGGUGAUGGAUCUGCAGAAGGAACAAAGAAAAAUAAGAAGAAGCGUAAAAAGAAGAAGAAAAAGAAUGGAGGUGCCUACGGUCAAACGGAUCCGCCUACGAUCCCUGUCGCUGAACUAUUUAAAGGAAAAGAGUUCCCUACAGGGGAAAUUCAGAAUCACCCCGGUGAAGGCAAUAGUUUUCGCGAAACUUCGGAAGAAGCUCGGGCACGCGAUCGCCUCAACGAUGAUUUGUACGCGAAGCUGCGUGAAGGCGCUGAGGUUCAUCGCCAGGUACGCUCUUAUGCCCAGUCAUUCAUAAAGCCUGGUAUCAAACUGGUCGACAUGUGUGAACGAUUGGAAAAUAAAAAUCGAGAACUUGUCGCAGAAAAAGGGCUCGAGAGAGGUAUUGCAUUCCCCACAGGAUGCUCGCUUAAUCACGUGGCUGCGCAUUACACGCCAAAUAGUGGAGACGAAACAGUACUAAGUUACGAUGAUGUCAUGAAGGUAGACUUUGGAGUGCAGAUUGAUGGUCGAAUCAUUGACAGCGCUUGGACCGUCAGUUUUAAUCCCCGCUAUGACGCUCUGUUGGAUGCGGUGCGUCAAUCAACUGAUACCGGUGUUCGCCUCGCUGGAAUCGACGCUAGGCUGUGUGACAUAGGAGAGACUAUACAAGAAGUCAUGGAAAGCUUUGAAGUCGAACUAGAUGGAAAAACGUACCCAGUCAAAGCCAUUCGCAAUCUGAACGGACACUCUAUUGGACAGCACCAGAUACACGGAGGAAAGUCCAUACCGAUCGUCAAGAACGGGUGUGAGGAAUCUCUAAUUAUGGAAGAAGGGGAGAUUUUUGCUAUUGAAACGUUUGGGUCGACAGGUCGCGGAUUUGUCAUUGAAGAUAUGGAGUGCAGUCACUAUAUGAAGCGCUUCGAUUGCCCUCAUGUUCCUCUCCGUAUGCAGAGCUCCAAGAAGCUUCUAGCACAUAUUAACAAGACUUUCGGAACUCUUGCCUUUUGUCGCCGUUGGCUAGAACGCGAAGACGGCGGGUCUGCUUUUGUGAACGGCCCACAAGGAAAGCAAGACAAAUACAUGGGCGCGCUCAAGAACCUUUGCGAUGUUGGUAUCAUCCAACCAUAUCCUCCACUGUGUGACGUCAAGGGAUGCUACACUGCUCAAUAUGAACAAACAUUUGUGCUUCGGCCCAAUUGUAAGGAAAUACUGAGCCGCGGUGACGAUUACUAA